AUGAAAUUUCUACAGAACUCGAAUACCUCUCAAAUAAAAGCUAAUAGUCAGACGUGCCAGGAUUUGAUAAGAGAGGAAAUAAAUCAGAGUUCUAUGGAUGAUUGUCAAGAAAAGUCAUCUUAUUUCAAUCGUGUUCCACAUCUAUCACGGAAAGUUGACCAGUGGAUACAGUCCUCUAAUAUUGAACAGACGCACAAUGGAAAAAGGUUGGCCGUAAAACAAAAUGAUAAUUCUCACAGACUGGGAACCGAUAACUAUCGGCCGAACAAACAGAAUAUAGACUUGGCAGGUCAGGAUAAUAAACCUCACGAAUUUCCAGAAAAUUUGUCGAAACCCCCACCUGGUAGUGUACUACAGCCUAAGUUUCAAACAAAUCGGCACAGUAGUCCUGAUUCUAUUUUUAGCAAGGAAUCUCUACGAGAUAACCGAGAAAUGAGGUUUCUAAAGCCCACAUCUAAGUCUACCGAAUCCGGUAUGAAUCCUUCACAGGACAGUAAAAGUACUUCAACUUUUGAAAGCUGCCAAAAAAAAGGGGAGAUAUUUGACCAAAAAAUGAUAGAUAAACUUUCUCAAACGGGACUUGUGGAUAAGAAUACAGUGAGAUCUAUGAGAAGUGAUCAUGAUAUUAGAAUUAAACCCAAAAUCAGUAGCAAUCCCAAACUUUGCAGGGAAGGCAAUGAAAAUAAUAUGUCCGAUAAUACGAACGACGCAGAGGGUACCAUUGUAGAAGAUGGAAGAAAAUCAAGUCAGCAUAAUCAUACCGAACUAAGGAAAGAUUCUGUGAUUAUGAAUGAUACCAAGACACCAAAAGUGCCUCUUAAAUCGGUAGCAUUAUCAAGUACUUGUAGAAAAGUUAAAAAACCAUCUCGAAUAGAGCGUUCUGCUACAACUAUUCCAAUCUUAGAUUCAUAUCAUGUCCAUGGUGCGCUGGAAGGGAAAACUUGGAGUGACCUCAAGGACAGUAAUACAAAAAAACAUAGUCUCUACGCUCAUAAAUUAAUUGAACAAUGUCCGAUAGAGACGAGUUAUAUAAAACCAACAAAAGACUACACUAAGAGAUUCAUAGAAUUAUCUACUCCUAAAAAGACCGUUCAUAUUGAUUUAUCAGCUGACUUAUCUCGAAUGAACUAUGAUGAAAAUCGGAAUUUUUACACUUCUCUUUCAAGAGAUACAAGAUCAGGGGGAAGUCUUGAGAACCGAAAACCUACGCAAGCCUUGAUUUUGGAUGCUGAUUUGGAAUACUCUGAAAACGUACUUCCCAGCCCUUUUGAAGAUUAUUUGCCUGAAGCAUUAAAAAUUAACUUAAAUAAUUAUACCUCGUACAAUACGUGUAAAAGCGAAUCUCGCCAGUCUACAGGACUUGACAUGAGAAGUAAUUAUUUGGAAAAUAAUGAGCCUUGCUUUAUAUCCCAGGUUCAGUAUCAUCACGGGGAAAAUUCUGAUUUUCUCCCUCAAAACACUUGUUCAUCGAAUGAGGACAUGCGUUUGUAUGAUAACAUAUGGUUGAGUCAGGCUCCAGAUAAAUUGACUAAUCAAGGCGAAGAUAUUCAAGUUAAUAAUACAGGAAAAAUACAGCAUUUAUCUGAUUGUUUUAUUCAGGGAAUUGAGCGCGAUGAUUCUACUAUGUUGUGCGGGCCAGAAAUAGCCGAGUCUGAAGAAUUUGAUAGUAGAACUACAAAUAUGGUAGAUACAAAUAACGUCAAUCUACAAGGAUCACCAUGCAAUUUUAUCUUCCGGAAGAGUUCUAUAAGCCCAGCUAACCACAAUGCUGCUGAAAAAUCUCCACAAUAUUUUGGUCAAAAUCUUUUGCCAAUUUUUGACUGUGAUCCAGAUGAAACGGUAAUGGUCGAUUUUUGGAAAAUCAAUCGACCAAGUUAUAGUAAAGAUUGUUAG